CGAGGAGGCUCGAGCUGCGGGGGCGAGCUGCCCGCCGGGGCGCGCAGCAGCCAAGCCGCGCCCUGAGCAGCUCUUGGAAGGGCUCCCGCCUGCCUGCAGCUGGGGAAUCCACUCGGCGGGGAGAAUCCGUGCCAGGGAAUCCAGCUCUCCGGACUCGAGCUGCAAACAAAAAGAUCAGUUCUUGCUCUCCCCUCCGCCCCACGACAGGCACCCGAAGAAACAGUUUUCUGCAGAGAUGCAACAAGUAGCACUGGGAGCUCUCGGAGCGCCCUGCGCCGCUGGACUUGGCUGAGCGAAGCCCUCCUGCAGAGGCCUGGGCCAGCCACCGGACAAAGGGCGGAGGAGGGGCUGGACUGCGCAGCAAAGUCCCGAAAGAGGCCGUUUAGCGUCUCUGGCCAGGCCAAAGGGAAUGCAGAGGAGACACAGAGCCGGCGGGCCAAGAGGACGAUCCGGCAGCUGCACGCAGGGCGGGCGGCGAUGGAGGCUGCCCGCGCCGUGCGCUUCCUGCUCGUGGUGUGCGGCUGCCUCGCUCUCCCGCCGCGGGCCCAGCCCGUGUGCCCAGAGCGCUGUGACUGCCAGCAUCCCCAGCACCUCCUGUGCACCAACAGGGGGCUCCGCGCUGUGCCCAAGACCAGCUCGCUGCCGAACCCCCAGGAAGUGCUCACCUACAGUCUUGGCGGCAACUUCAUAACCAACAUCACGGCGUUCGACUUCCACCGCCUGGGACAGCUCAGACGGCUGGACCUGCAGUACAACCAGAUCCGCUCUCUACACCCCAAGACCUUCGAGAAACUCUCGCGACUGGAGGAACUGUACCUGGGGAACAACCUCCUGCAGGCGCUCGUCCCGGGCACACUGGCCCCGCUGCGCAAGCUGCGCAUUCUCUACGCCAACGGGAACGAGAUCGGCCGCUUGAGCCGAGGCUCUUUCGAGGGCCUGGAGAGUCUGGUCAAGCUGCGACUGGACGGGAACGCCUUGGGGGCGCUGCCUGACGCGGUCUUCGCCCCUUUGGCCAACUUGCUCUACCUACAUCUGGAGUCCAACCGGAUCCGCUUUCUGGGCAAGAACGCCUUUGCCCAACUGGGCAAGCUGCGCUUUCUCAACCUCUCUGCCAACGAGCUGCAGCCCUCCCUACGCCACGCGGUCACCUUCGCACCACUGCGCUCCCUCUCCACCCUCAUCCUCUCCAACAACAGCCUGCAGCACCUCGGGCCGCGCGUCUUCCAGCACCUGCCGCGCCUCGGCCUGCUCUCGCUCCGGGGUAACCAGCUCUCACACCUGGCGCCGGAGACCUUUUGGGGGUUGGAGGCCCUGCGUGAGCUGCGCCUGGAGAGCAAUCGGCUGAGCCAGCUGCCCGUCGCGCUGCUGAAACCUCUGCACAACCUGGAGGCGCUAGACCUGAGUGGCAACGAGCUGUCCGCUCUGCACCCAAAUAUCUUCGGCCACCUGGGCCGACUACGCGAACUCAGCCUGCGCGACAACGCGCUCAGCGCCCUCUCUGGAGACAUUUUCACCGCCAGCCCGGCUCUCUACCGGCUGGACCUAGACGGCAACGGCUGGACCUGUGACUGUAGGCUACGUGGCCUGAAGCGCUGGAUGGGCGACUGGCACUCGCAAGGCCGGCUUCUCACAGUCUUUGUGCAGUGUCGCCACCCCCCGGCCCUCCGGGGCAAGUACCUGGAUUACUUGGACGACCUACAACUGCAGAACGGGUCUUGCGCGGAUCCCUCACCCUCCAUCUCUCCAACCGAGGGAAGCCAGAGGCAGCCCUUACCCACAGUCACGAGGGAGAAAAUGGAGCCCCCUGUAGGUGGCCUCGUAGAGGAGCUGCCGCUGCAGCUUCAGCCACAGCAGCGGGGACGAUUUCUGCCCGGGGUGCCCUGGGAUGGGGUGGCCAGGGAGCUCUGGGGCAACCGCAGCGCCCUGAAGCUGAGCCGAUGGGGUCCGGGCCUCCAGCAGCCGGGCCCCUCUGCUGCUGCUGUGUCAGGCGCGGUGCCACACCCCCUGGACCUGCUCGAGAAGCCCGAGAGGGGACGUGCGACGCCGGCGGACGCUGCCCACCCUGCACCCACCCCGACCGCUGCGCCUGCCUCUGCGCCACUGACCGCUGGCGACCUCUGGCAGCGCGCGGCGAAGCAGGUCUUAGCCGCGCAGCAGCAGGAGAGCGCCGCGCAGUCCGACGGCGGGGUCGGCCUGCCACCGCUAGUGUCCGACCCGUGUGACUUCAACAAGUUCAUCCUGUGCAACCUGACCGUGGAGGCUGUGGGCGCAGACAGCGCCUCCGUGCGCUGGGCAGUACGAGAGCACCGCAGUCCCCGGCCGCUGGGCGGCGCGCGCUUUCGCCUGCUCUUUGACCGCUUUGGCCAGCAGCCGAAAUUCCACCGCUUCGUCUACCUGCCCGAGCGCAGCGACUCGGCCACGCUGCGCGAGCUGCGUGGAGAUACGCCCUAUCUGGUGUGUGUGGAGGGCGUGCUGGGGGGCCGGGUCUGCCCAGUGGCCCCCCGGGACCACUGCGCCGGGCUGGUCACCCUGCCCGAGCCUGGCAGCCGGAGCAGCAUCGACUACCAGCUGCUGACCUUGGCCCUGCUAGCCGUCAACGCUCUGCUAGUGCUUCUGGCCUUGGCGGCCUGGGCAUCCCGGUGGCUGAGGAGGAAGCUGCGAGCCAGGCGAAAGGGAGGGGCCCCUGUCCACGUUCGCCACAUGUACUCCACCCGACGGCCCCUGCGCUCCAUGGGCACCGGCGUGUCUGCGGACUUCUCUGGAUUCCAGUCGCACAGGCCCCGCACCACCGUGUGCGCGCUCAGUGAGGCGGACCUCAUCGAGUUCCCCUGUGACCGCUUCAUGGACAGCGGGGGCAGUGGGGCGGGUGGCAGCUUGAGGCGGGAAGACCAUCUCCUGCAGCGAUUUGCCGACUAGAUCCAGGGGUGUGGAGACCAUCUAAUUGGCUGUGAGGAGCCACCUCUCCGUGGGGCCCCUCAACUCACCUCAGGGGAAGAUCUCACUUUAUCUGACCAUCUCCUCUCACCCUCUUGGCUAGGGAGGCCAAAGGGGACAGGCAGCCAGUUCGGCCCCUGCCCCUGUCCCUGCUUCCCAGUACUCACUCACGAAGUAAAUGGCUGGUACUUGGUGGUCAAGGCCAAUGGAAGGGGACACAUGGAUGGUGGGGUUCAGGGGUGGGAAGCCUUCUUUACCCGAAGAUCCUGGUGCAGCUAUGAGAUUGCCUUUUGGGGCAUUGUGAUGAAUAGCCUGACCCCCUCUGCGGUGAAAAAGGGGGCUUGUGCCCCCCAUCAUGGCCAGAAGGAGAUUCGGAUACAUGCUUUCUAUUCGUCCAGACUCAAACAGAGGUGUUUUGGUUCUAUUUAAGGAAAAAGGAACUUAGCACUGUUACAGAGGAGGCUUGGCAAGGGACCCCCUGGUCUGGUGGCUCCUGCGGAGAAGGGCGAUGCGAGCAGGUGGAGAAGUUUAACACACUCACCAGGCAACUCCUUUCUGGUGGUUAACAGAACAUUCAGGAUAACUUAAUGUUUAGGUAAUUAGAGACGCUAUUUUUUUCAACAAUGUGAAGACCUCUGCCAUUUAACAAACUGAUGAAUAAACUCAAGGACUAUUUUAGCUGAGCCGGGAGGUUCCACAAUUUUCUUUUUAACAUGAACACCACAAGAACGUUUGCUGACCUUGGAGUUAACUGCGAUAACCUGUUUUCUCUGGAGAAGGCUUAAUGCAAGACUUCUCUGCAAGGGUUGUUCCUGUGGCUUUUUACGUUUAUUCUUUCUUUUUUUUAAACCCAUAGGUGGCAAAGGAAAUUUCAGUGCCAGACUUGAUCCAAGAAUGUGAUGCGUAUGUGAGUGGUGACCCCACAGGGAUGCCUGUGUGCCCAGUCACUUACGGCACAUGUGGCAGUGUGUCCGGUGUGGAGUAAACACCCUGUGCCCUGCUCGUCCUGAGUGGCACAAUGAAGCGACAAAGGUAGUUUCCAAAAAGGGGAGCAAAAGGCGAUUGUCAAUUGAUAGUGUAUGUUUGAGCGCAUUAACGUCUUACUCUCUAUGAAAUAGUAAAAGGGGAGAACUUAUUGGGAAAAAAAUGUGAAAAAGUAUCUAUCGGUGGUUGUCUUUCUACUAAAGCCAGAAGAUUGUCAUGAAUGAGCACUCACACCCGACUGUGAAAUAAUCCUGUGUUUUGCAAAUUAGUCCCUCCACCACCCUGUGUUUUACUGUUGUUAUUAAAUGUUAUCUUUUAGUUAAGAAUUGCAGUAUUUCUUUUCAAUGUCUUUGGUGUAAACUUGGGCUUGGGCUCCUUCAUUGGAUCUGUCAUUUGCAGCUGGCCGAGAUCCUUCUGUGCCCUGCUAGUUAUGAAGUGCACGUGCAUUGCUGACUGCGGUGCUUUGGUUUACAUGAAUGAUUCCGAGUGUGGUCUGAAAGCGUCCUCACUGAGGGGGUGCACAAGGUUACACUGGCCAUGGUUAUGACUCAUUGCCGUGGGGUAUGGUGGAGCCACGGUGUGGGUGCUGAGGCUGACUGCGACUCUUUCCUCUCAGGCUAUAAGCCCCUAAGGGUCCUGAUGACUCAGGGAAUCUAUCACAGUCCAGGGGUCCUUGACCCCCAGUCCACCCCUUCUGUGCCUGGACUCCACGGAGCCAGGCCUGCCCUUGUCCCCACAGCCGAGCACAGACCCAGGGAUCUAAAUGAACUGAUCUUUGCUUAUGUUCAGAUGAAUAAAUGUCCAGACCACUUAAAGUACAGCUGCUUUCCUGGCAGUUGUAUCUGUGGGGCUGAAACUUAAUAAACCACAGGAAAUAGACUGUCAUUCUUAGUUUGUUGCCAGAGCUUGGUUCCGGCUCCAAGUUUACUGAUCCACGGGAGAGGUGCAAUUGUUUGCUCUUAUUUGCAACAUUUGGGCUAUCUUGCCUCUUUCUUGCUCCCAGCUUUUUUCAUUCACUGAGCAAUCAGCAUCUCUGAGCUCUUUCUCUGGCAUAGCCAUGGAAUGUUGAGUCCCACUGAAAGUCAGGGAAAAAGGACGGUUCCUACACCCCACCCUUUUAAACUGCAGACCAUCCCCAAAAAUGCCCAGUGCCUGGGUCUAUGUUAAGAAGAGUUUCCCUGGAAUGUUGUUCAGUGGGAAAUGAAUAAAUGCUCUGUGCAC